AUGAGCCGUAGCAGUACUGGCUGCUGGACCUGCAAGCUCCGUCAUCGUAGAUGUGACCAAUUGCGGCCGGCUUGUAGAGAAUGCAGCGAACGACACAUUAGCUGUCACGGCUAUGGUCCAAAGCCUGCCUGGAUCAACAAUAAAUCUUUGCUUAAUGCCGAACUUUCCCGGAUCAAACACGCCGUCAAGGAAAAUUUCCGUCAGAACAGUCGAAGACGUGCAGCUAGGACCAAUGAAUCAUCAAAUGACCAGGAAACUCAUCGCGAUGGGUCGUUUCCAACCAAUUCGGAUGCAACAGAGGCCUCAAAGGCAUGUUCCGACUCAGCCGCAGUGUCUCCAGCUCAACAGCUUACUUUUCAGGAAUCACAGCUUCUGAUCCAUUAUCUUGACUACAUCUUCCCUCUACAAUUCCCUUACUACGUUGAUAAUCCCGAGGUUGGAGGUCGAGGCUGGCUUUUUUGGUUUCUUAUGAAAAGCGACCCCCUACACCAGGCCAUACUUACUCUCUCUGCACUACAUCGAUACACGAGAUUUGCCAGGAGGGCCGGUGACACAGAGCAAGAGCUUAUAGAAUACCAUACUAAAGCCUUACAAGGCCUUCGCCAAGCAUUGUGUCAACACGAAAUUGGUGAUUUGGCUACAAGCAGCGAGCAGCUGAUCGAAUUCCUUGCAUGUGGUUCAGCUCUCAUUAGUUUUGAAGUUUUUCAAGGGGGAACAAUGAAUUGGCAGCCACACCUCGAUGCGCUCAGCUCCGUCGUCAACGGAAUGACCCAUGUUUCAAACCAUCUUUCAUCGAGAGCGCAAAGUAGACCACCUUUUACGGCUUCGCCUGGAACCGAGGACAUGGAGCAUGCACAACGAUUUCUGGUGGCCAAUUUACUAUGGUUUGAUCUCCUCGCGUCCACUUCUAGUGGGACAGCCCCAAAAAUUGCCUACAAGCUAUGGCUGGACGAAAGGAACAUAGAUCUGUCUCAACUCAUGGGCUGCUAUAACUGGGUCAUGACUGCAAUUGGAGAUAUUGCCAGUAUCAAAUCACGAGGAGCAUCCGAAAAUUCCACGGCCGUCGUUGAAGCUUUCGAGAUCAAAGACCGUCUAGAAGCUGGGCUUCGUGACCUAGAUCUAGUUGCACAGGUACCAAUGCCCAUCGCAGUGCCGAUAUCACGAGUUUUUGCCUGUUCGGCAAUGGUCGAGCUUUAUACAACCUGUCCACCUCUUGUCUACACUGCUUCGGCAAUGCAGGAUGCUGUGGCCAAUGUCAUUGAAGCGAUUCGACUUUUCCCGGAGAACACAUCUUUGCGAGGCUUGACCUGGCCGGUUUGUGUAGCAGGAUCUAUGGCAGAGGGGGAUCAGCAACAAUACUUUGAGACAGUGAUGCAGAAGAUGUUGGGUGGCUCGGGGAUUGGUUUCACCAACUGCGAUACCGUCUCUCAAAUUGUAAAACGAUGCUGGCACUAUAGAAGAAACCAUCCUGGGCAAUCCUGGAACUGGAAUGAUUCGAUGGGAGCUAUGGGCAUCUGUGCUCUCCUUGUCUAG